AAAGCAUCUGUUAUUACUUUUCAUCAUAUGAUUCAAGUUCCCAACGAAAGUCUAAAGAAUCAGCGUGGUUUCUUCCAGAAUAUCUUCAUUACACCUAUAGACAUACUUAUGCUUAAGAAA